UUGCUCCCGUCAAUCUCAAUUUUCCCUCUCUCCUCCCUCGCCCCUCGACGUCGUCUUCUCUAACUCUUUUUAUUCCCUUCUUUCAAAACCCUACCGCCUCCCCCCUUUCUCUACGCUCCUUCUCAUCGGAUCGCCAUGUCAAGCGCCGAGGACUCCGUCAAGCUCCCACCGCCACUGCUCCGCCGUUCCCACAUCGCCCUCCCGCCCUCCUCUCCCGCCGCGGCGGCCGCCAACCGCCGCUUUGCCUGCCCCUCCACCUCCGUAGAUCGCCCUCACCUGUUCCUCGGCCGAUCUCCACCAGGAGCCGCGGAAAACGAUAAGAUCCCUCCUCCCGACACCCCCAACAAAAAGGAAAUGCAUGAGGCAGAAAAGAAAGAUAUUCAGAGUGCUGAUGGAGCAAUCAAUCAGGCACUUAAGGAAGAAUUUAAUGGUAGUACAAUUCCAACUGGGUUGGGAAUUGCUAUUAAACGGCAAAGGAAAACCAAGCUAAAGAGUAAACAUCUUGAGCUGCAUACUUCAGGAUCAACUGAUGGUACCCAUUUAAAUCCUUUAGCUUCUAACAGCUGUCGUUAUGAUAGUUCUCUAGGCUUGCUAACAAAGAAAUUCAUUGAUCUGCUACAUAAAGCCAAGGAUGGGAGUCUUGAUUUGAACACUGCUGCAGAAACAUUGGAGGUUCAGAAGAGGAGGAUUUAUGACAUAACUAAUGUUCUUGAAGGAGUAGGAUUGAUUGAAAAGACUUUCAAGAAUAAAAUACGCUGGAAGGGAAUCGAUAUGUCAAGGCCAAAAGAAUUGGAUGAUCAAAUUGCUCGGUUGAAGGCCGAAGUCGAAGCUCUAUAUUCAGAAGAUUGCAGACUGGAUGAGAUGAUAAGAGAAAUACAAGAGAGUCUGUGGGUCUUCACUGAAGAUGAAAACCACAAAAAAGGGCUCUAUCUCACCAAAGAAGACAUUACCAGCAUUCCUUGCCUCCAGGAUGCUGUCCUUAUUGCAAUAAAAGCUCCGCAUGGGACAAGCGUCGAAGUUCCAGAUCCUGAUGAGGGCAUAGAUUUUCCACAAAGGCGGUAUCAAAUUUUCUUGAGAAGUUCGAUUGGUCCAAUUAAUUGUUUCCUAAUUAGUAAUCACAUGGACAGAAUUGGUGCUUCAAAUCAUAGCCCACAGGAAGCAGCAACAGAUUCGUGCAUUCAGAGUAGUUCCAGUAAUAAUGGUAUAUCUCUACAGUCCACAGAACAAGAUGCUGGUCAGGGAUAUGAGCGUGAAGACCGAGUUCCACCCAGGAUCCUCUUAGAUUCAAUAAUCUCCAAUGAUUGUAUGGGUGGCAUAGUAAAGAUUGUACCAUCAGAUGUUGAUAUAGAGGCUGAUUACUGGCUUUUUUCAGAUCUUAGAUCUAGCAUUACAGAUGCAUGGAGGACUGAAUAAUAAUGCGAACAGGAUUUCCUCUAGAUCAUCCUUACACUAUCUUAAAGGUCCGCUGCUGUCUCCAGAUCCAAAAAAGCAGAUUGGAGACUUGGGGGCUGCUCUCUUGUGCAUGGAUGGGGGAUGGCUUGCCUGUUUGUAUAGAGCAUCAAAGAUGGUGAAUCAAGGGGGAAACCCAAUGUCUUCUAGAAUGCUUAACAUCUUCCUUUUUGAUUACGAACAUUGUAGCUUUGUAUAUCUCAUAUGAUUCUUCCUAUUAAUUUUACAUUACUAACCGAAUAAAAAAUCCAUAGUUGUUUUA